AUAGUGUAUGGAGUGUUCUUUAAUUGUAUCAUUGCAAGUUUAAAAUGAAAAUUAAAAAAAAAUCGAAUGCAUUGAGGGUUCCUCCCGUUAAGAAAGCCAUAAGAGUUAAACGUAAAUCAUCAGAUAUCGAAGAAGAAUCAACAGUAUUCAAAGCAAUAGAAAAUGUUAAAAAAGUAUUAGAGAAGAAAAAUAUUGAGGAAACAAAAACACUACCACCAUUAGUAUCAAAACAUGCAGAAGUAAGAAAAUCACAUAAAAUUACUAAGGUCAAAAGGAAUCGAGGAAAACGUCGAAAAGUAUAUCCAAGGGGUAUAGUGUAUUUAGGUCAUAUACCUCAUGGAUUUUUCGAAGAACAAAUGACAGAUUAUUUUAAACAAUUUGGAGAAGUAACUAGAGUACGUGUUGUUCGCUCAAAGAAUUCUGGUAGAAGCCGUGGUUAUGGAUAUGUGGAAUUUAUGUAUCCUGAAGUUGCUAGAGUAGCUGCAGAAACAAUGAACAAUUACCUUAUGUGUGGAAGAUUAUUGAAAGCAACAUAUAUUCCACCUGAAAAACAGCAUAGACGCUUUUUUGCUGGCACAUCAUGGACAAAAGAAAUUUAUCCUAAACUCAUAAAUAGAAACGAAGUUAACAAAUUAAGAAAUAGAGAUAUUGGAAAAAAUGAGCAUAGGAGUUUUAUACAAAGCACAAGGGAUAAAUUAUCUGCUUUACAAAAUAAGUUAAAAGAAAAAGGUUUUGAUAUUGAGUUUAUACCAGUAGAUGGUUCUAAAUAA